UCAGUGUGGCCUGAGCCACGGUGCGGGGUGGUCACUAGUGUAGUGCUCCUGUCUUGUGUGUAUGUGUGGAUGCUGCACCACUCUCCUCCACCACAUGCCCCCCAACCACCGCUCCUACAAUCUCCCCUGCCCCAUUAACCUCACAAUCCCCCACUUCUUUUAUUAACCUGACAAUAUCACAUCUCCAUUAACCUCACAAUCCUACACUUUCAUUAAGUUUACAAUCCUACACUAUUUCAUUAAGCUCACAAUCCCACACACAUUUCAAUAACUUCACAAUCCUACACUUUCAUUAACUUUACAAUCCUACAUUCCUUCAUUAACCUCACAAUCCUGCAUUAACAAUCUCACCCCCCCCGUCUCCAACACCCCUCACCUCCGCUAACAUUUCUAUCUCCCCCGUCUACCAAAAUCCCUCUUCCAAACCCCCUACCACUCCCACCAACCCCCACCCCUCCACCAGAGAGGAGGUGGGGGAUACCAUUCAGCAGUUGCUGGAAUACACCAUACCUUGCUAGCAGCAGUCACACAGGCGACCUGGAUGAUGCGAGGCUCACUUAUGAUACUACGACUGGCACUCCUGCUUGUGGCACUGCUUACGCAGGUUGAGUGCUCGGUGGGUCAGCUGACCCGUUUGUUGGUGAGGUCAGUGGUGGAUCACCGCUACGCUUCUACCCACCUGCUAGCCACCCUCAACAACCAACGUCCACACCCACACCACCUCACCCUCACCCUCAUUCUUCCCAAAGACGCUUACGUCUCCUCACUUACUAUAGAGACGGGAGGAAGGAACUACACUACGGAGGUGAAAGCAAGGAAGCGAGGAGGUAGAAGAGGACAUCAUGAUAACGACACUCAGCAAGCCACUCCACCAAGUGGUGAUGACAGGUGGACUCAGGACGAGACUCAGAAGUUCAAGGCAGGAACGAUGGUUGAUGCUCUGGGCUCUGCUACUUUCUACCUCUCCUACGAGCAACUACUGCUGAGGUUCCGUGGCAGCUACACUCACACCAUCUACCUGCCACCACACAGUGAGGGUGUGUACCAGGAGGUCGAGGUGGUGAUCAGGGAAAGCCAGCCCAUCAGAGACUUCCAGCUCCUGAAUGUUCCUCGGCCACAUCCCCACGCUCAGAUGCAAGAAGAGGCGCCGAGCCUGGAAGAGGUGCGAGUGACUUACAUCUUGAAGAACAGUGACACUCGUAUGAAUCAAAGCAACGCUAUUACCAACAACCCAAGCAGCAAUAACAAGAGUAAUAUCAUCAGCAGCAGCAGCAGAGAUGACCAAGACAGAGAGCAGAAUGUCUUAUCUAUGACCUACGAUGUUCAGAGGGAGGUAGACGGCGGUGAGAUACAGCUGGUGGGCAGGUUCUUCGUGCACUACUUUAGUCCUGAGGGUCUGCCCAAGCUGCCCACCCACACUGUGUUCGUGCUGGACGUGUCCGGAUCCAUGCACGACUUUGGUAAGCUGGCGCAGCUCAAACUGGCCAUGGAGGCCAUCCUCAGGUCACUGCCGCCUGAGGACUCCUUCGAGGUGCUGGUGUUCUCUUCACGUGUGACUUCCCUGGGCGUGUACCGUGCCACGCCCAAGGACGUGGAGAAAGGUGUUGGCAAGAUACAUAGACUGCAGGCUCUGGGUGGCACCAACUUCAACGAAGCACUCCUCCAGGCUGUGCUUGGUGCCAACGCUCACAACGCCACACACGGAACCGCUAAACAGGUGGUGUUUCUGACAGACGGGAAGCCCAACCUGGGAGAGACAAGGUCGGACCAACUGCGGAGGAACGUACGGGAGGCCAACAUCUACCAGCUGCCAAUAUUCUCACUGGCCCUCGGCCACGACGCUGACCUCAGAUUGCUGCGGCAGGUGAGCGCGGACAACUAUGGUUUCACUCGUAAAAUCGACCAGGAGGAUCGACCAGCCCAACAGCUACAAGACUUUUACCAACAGAUCGCCUCACCACUUAUGACAGAUGUGGACAUCCUCUACCUGGAAGACGAGGUCGACCAGAACUCCCUGGUCAGGCAGGGACCCACCACCUACUACUCUGGUGACGAGGUGGUGGUGUCGGGGCAGCUGGCGGAGGGGGCGACGGAGGUUCAUCCUAUAGUGGAAGGCCGGGGCAAAGGUGGACCCCUGCAGCUCCAGGUCUCCAGAAUCUCCACUCCUGAGCCUGCCCCACAGAGAGAUAACUACGUGGAGAGACUCUGGGCCUACCUUACCGUGCUGGACCUGCUGGCCGUACAAGAGAUCGUGGAUGACAGGAACCUGAGGGAGGAGAUGCGAGCCCGAGCCAAGGAGAUAGCCAUCGAAUUCAAGUUUGUGACAAAGUUGACAAAGUUGGAGGUGGUGAACCCAGAACAGGGAGACGUGGUUCACCCAGGGCUUAAGUCAGCAUCUCGACACCACAAGUCCAAGACGGGGGGUCAUGCCUCUCACCAGCACCAGACAGGGGGUCACGCCCCCCAACUGCACCACGACCUGGCACUCCUCAGCGUGUCAGAGUUUGCUAAGACGCUCCCACAACCUCUCAGCUCCAGGAUACACACCUCGGCCUCCAACCAUGACUUCUCCUUCAGUGACAAUGAUCCACACUUCGUAGUGCAGGUGCCGGGGCUACACCUGCCUCUCUGCUUUGAUAUCCACGGCUCCCCUGGCCAUGUACUUAGUCUUGUCCGUGAUCCACACUCAGGGAUCGUGGUGAACGGGUUGGUUGAGGCUGCGUUGGGUCGAGCUGAUGCUACUUACUUCACUGUGAUCUUCAUCUCAGUGGGCUCCGUCAACUUCACCAUCACACCCACCAGUAUACUGGUAGACUGUCUCAAUGACGCUGGCCAUCCCACGGUGGACAGCGUCUCCACAUCGCUGUGGCCAUUCAAGAAAAUGAAUCUUAGGAAACGAAGUGGCCGGCGAGGUAAGAAACACCAAGGGAAAAGGAAAUCUCUGAAACGGCUUAGGACCAGGCGACGACGCUCACACAACCAAACUAAGAACCCACAGUCUGGGAGCAGCCAGGUCGUGCCCAACACACAACCCAAAUCGAGGAAACUGAAGUAUCGGAGGCUACGUCCCAGGAAACACAACAUGAACCAUAACCGUUUUAACAUAACCAGAAGAAGACAACGACGGCACAUAAACAGUAUAGGUCGCCUUCACUCCAUCCCACUUUUGACACAAAAUUUACACGGCUCUCGCCAUUCACACAGUGAAUGUACCCACAUCUACCCACGCCCCCAGAUGCACCCCCACGCUCACAGAAAUCAUAUCCAUCCACAGCGUCAUCCCCUAAGUGUGGGAAACCUCAUCCAGCCACUCGUUUCUAAAAAUUCUGUAACCGUACAAGAAAGUGAGAGCCAGAGUCAGGAAGAACGAAGUGAUUACUCUGUUCGGAAUCACCUGAACUCCCACCACACGUCGCACCUUAAACAACCACGUAGAUACCAUCCACAGGCAAGAAGCUUCAUUCACCCACAAUCCAGAGUCAACCUUAACCCACCCUCACUAGAAUUCUCUGGCAACAACCUUCAAGAGAAUACAAUAUCGCGACCAGGAGACUUGAGCAAUGAUCUUAGCGCAUCUAAUAUACAUUCUGAAGACCAAGAUACUCCACUAUCCAACGACCAAGCUACGGAGGCGCCUUUGUCGGAUGGAAGACACACCAUGCAUGGAGGAACGACUGCCCAGACGAAAGAGGACCAGCUGCUUCGGGAGUGUAGCAAAACCUUCAGCUGGAAGAAGGCAGCUGGGAGAAGGUACGGGGAGGUGGUGGUAGCACUGAGGAACCACCGCAAGUUGGACUUGCUCUUGGGUGACGUUGAAGCCAACUUGCUGGUGACUCGCACGAAGAACAAGCGAGGACAAUACUUCCUGGGCUUCUACCUGGAGAACCACAGCGUCCUCUCUCCCAACACCACUGGGAUUAUUGGUCAGUUCGCCUACAAGACUGUGGGAACGGUAGACCUCAGCUCCAGCAGCACAAACACCUCCGACAACACACCCACUGCAGAUAACAGGGUACGUCUGGCUGUGGUGCAGCCAGGUCCCACACACAGGUACCAGGUGUCCCAGGUCAAUGCCUUCCUCUCCAGCCGACGGUCUCUCUUGCACAAGACCCACGUCACCUGCCUUUAUAUCCGGCAGCAAGGUCGAGGACUGGUGGCUGGUACCCCCGAGGACUACCUACUGCCCUGCCUCACCUGUUGAUCUAUACUGCCUCACCCCUUCAUCUAUCCUUCCUCAUCUGGGGAUCUGACCAAAUGCCGUACCUGAUGACUUGACCACGCACUGCACCUGUUAGCCUGAUUAAAAGCCUCACCUGGUGACCUACGAGUCUCACCAGGUAACCUAAUCAAGUGCCUCACCUGCUGACCCAACCAAGUGCCUCACCUGGUAACCUGAGCAUUCACCUUGUGACCUGACAAGCUAUAUCUUCCAGACCCAUAGACAACCUAUAGUUGUCUACUGCCCAGCAGUCGUGUCUCCUAUCCCAUGCUUAUUUCCAGACCAUUUACAGUACUUCCAGACCGGAUAGUGCACUUCCGAACAGACUAAUGCACUUCCAAACCCGUACGAACCAAUUAGCACACUUCAGGGUCCAUAGAGCACUUCCCGGUCUCUUAGAGCAAUUCUGGGCGAGUUUGUACACUUUUACACAUUAAGUCGACUAAACACAAGUCUUCACCACAACCACCAAGGCUUCACAUUAUUUUAAGAUAUUAAGCUUUCGCCUAACAAGGAUCAAGCUUCAGUCCUUAUUAAACAAGGAUCAAGACUACUAAAGUCCUUAUUAAAUAAGGAUCAAGGCUUCAGUCCUUAAUAAACAAGAAAGUAAACAACACUAAAAGUCCUAUAUGGUAUAUCAUAUACAAUUUUUUUUACAAAAACACGUUUUGCAUUCUCUCCCAAACACAGAAAAGUAGACUAACUUGUAGAUGCAACACCUCUCCCAGGGGUAACGUGAAUAUUCAUCACUCCCCCAGGGGUAACCUGAAAAUACAACACCUCCCCCAGCAGUAACAUGGAUACACCACCUCCCCAGGGUGUAACAUAAAGAUACAACACCUCCCCCCAGGGGGUAACGUGAAGAUACACCUCCCCCACGGGGUAACAUGAAGAUACACCACCUCCCCCAGGGGGGUAACAUGAAGAAACAACACCUCCCCCAGGGGUAACGUGAAUAUUCAUUACCUCCACGAACAGUGACAGAGAUAUGCAGAUUCUCAGGUAAAGCAAGUUUUUCAAUAUUUCUUGAAUCUGAACAAGGUUCGACAAUUUUUUUUAUUAACAAACAACAAUCUCACAUAUCAAAACUUGGCAUAACUAUCCUUUCACUAUUUUCCGUGGAAAGAAUAAUUAUUUGUAUUUAACAAAACUGGAUCCGUCAUCAGUGCGCUGCUACACAACUCUGUAUGAGUUACGCAGUGGGAACACCAGCUUUGUUUACCUGUUAUAUUCCAUCACGCGGGAUGCAUCUGAAAAAAUCAACCAAGUCGGUGUGGAAAGAAGGAAUAACCUUCUAAUAAUAAACGAAGUCUCCACCGAGAGGGAUAAUCUUCUGAUAAGUCUCCACCAGGAGGGAUAAUCUCCUGAUAAUCAAGUUUCCACCAGAAGGGAUAAUCUUCUAAUAAUCAAGUCUCCACCAUUAGAUAAUCUGAUAAUCAACAGAGUCUCCAUUGCAUGGAGGAUCUCAACCCUUGACGCUUUAUCAAUAAUAACAUCAUGAGUGGAACAAAUUAACGAGGUGGCAACCAGUAGGACACGAACUAACGAGGUGGGAGCCAGUAGAACAUGAACUAACGAGGUGGCAGCCAGUAGAACACGAACUAACGAGGUGGGAGCCAGUAGAACAUGAACUAACGAGGUGGCAGCCAGUAGAACAUGAAUUAACGAGAUGGGAGACAGUAGAACAUGAACUACCAAGGUGACAGCCAGUAGAACAUGAACUACCAAGGUGACAGCCAGUAGAACAUGAACUACCAAGGUGACAGCCAGUAGAACAUGAACUACCAAGGUGACAGCCAGUAGAACAUGAACUACCAAGGUGACAGCCAGUAGAACAUGAACUACCAAGGUGACAGCCAGUAGAACAUGAACUACCAAGGUGACAGCCAGUAGAACAUGAACUACCAAGGUGACAGCCAGUAGAACAUGAACUACCAAGGUGACAGACAGCAGAACAUGAACUACCAAGGUGGCAGCCAGUAGAACAUGAACUAACGAGACGGCAGCCGGUGAAACAUGUACAAUAAGAAGGUGGUAUCUGGGGAACCAUGUAUUAAGCAGGGAUAUGCAAACUUUUGAUUAAAACCUGCAAGGCGCUGUGUGCGAUCCCUGUCAUGUGUUGUUGUCCACAACAUCUUCAUCUUUUAUUUUAUGGAUAUUUAAGUACUGUAUAUAUUACAAUAAACUUACGCUAUUUUCUUAAUGAAAUGAAUGAACAGUUCGUAUGAGUGUACAAAUAUUGUAUAUAUCUGUGAUGAAUUUAGUCGAUGUACUUUUGUUGCAGUCGAGGAUGUAUUCUUUGUUGCGCAAGUAAUAUUAUAAAUGUUACAUUUUUUAAGGCCUUUUAAGAGGCUUUCAAGGGCUCUUGGAAUUUUUGACAUGACCUCUAUCCAAUAUGGAAAACUCCUCGUCAUCCAAAAGUAACGAAUCAAAAAGUCCCAACUCCUUCCCAAGUGGAGUGAGGAAUUGAAAUAUUGAAGUUGUGUCGUUCUAGACUUAGAAGAGGGUGGUUCACAAACCCUCCUAAGUAAUAGUAACAGUAAUGACUGUUUAGACUCACAGUCAGACAUAACAAAGAAACUAUGAAAAGUUACAGCAAAAGUCCUAAGAGUAAACAGGUUUUAGAAUGUGCCAAACUAUAACAUACUAGCGCACUGAGCUCAUAUACUAAAUGUACGUGGUUCAGUCCCCGGCACGGGUGGAAACGUUGGGUAUGUUUCCUGCCUCUGUUCACCUAGCAGUAAGCAGAUACCUGAGUGUUAGUCGACUGUUGUGGCUCUCAGUCGAUGUUGUGGUAGUAUAACUUAAGGCUGGGCUAUGAAAUGAUGUGAUGUAAGAUUACAGCUUCUAAGUCUGGAAAAUUGAUGAGUAAAAAAAAAAUUCUUGGUCAACAAAGAGUUAAGGGAAUGUUUCUCUGUGAUCCAUCUGAUUUAGUGCUCUCUGAAUAAUAAUAAUAAUAAUAACAAUAAUCGAGUAAUGCUUUAUUACCGUUUUCAGCAGUUCUCAGAUUAUUUCCUUGGAUCGAACCUGAUUGCCUCUUAUUACCUCGGCGCUAUAACCCUACGAGUUUAGCAGUUAUCCUUACUAUAAUAAUAAUUACUGAUUUGUAUUACUGUUAACACGCUGAUUAGUGCCAGUCAUCAGUGUUAUUAUUAUAGUCGUAGGAGCGCUAAACCCGUAGGGUUCAUACAGUGCAUGAGGAAUGGUAAGUAAUUAGCUUUGAUCCCAGGCAGGUGAAGAUAACUUUAAUUCCUUGGAUCAAGAGCCCUUUGCCAGCAUCCAGGCACUGAAUUUUGUCUACACGUGUGUGUGUGUGUGUGUGUGUGUGUGUGUGUGUGUGUGUGUGUGUGUGUGUGUGUGUGUGCGCGCGCGCGAGCAUACAUGAAGCGGUACUGGAGCACUGUCAGUGUGUACAUGUGCUAUAGUACACUCACUAUCAUUAUAUUACUUCACAGUCUUUAUUAUCUUAAAAAUAUUGAAUCCACACUUGAGAUUUUAUUAUUGAUUAUGGGAAAGGUCUAAACUCGAAGGGGUCAUAGAUCACCUAGACCAAGAGCGGACGAAACACGACCAGCGGAUCAUAUCUGGUUCACUAAUUCAACAAAGAAUUCAUUUUGAUUUGAUUAUGUAGUAACCAAGAGCGAGUGUUGGAGUCCCACCAGCAAGACCUGCCAACACCCUCAACUGAACAUUCCCGAUAACAUUAGGUGUGUAUUGUUGCGUGAUUUCAAUAGUUUAUUAUGGUUGCCCCUCACCUGCUGAGGUGAGUAUGUCAGCGCCAUCUGUGAGCCAGUCUUCGUACCUUCAGUACUCGUGCCCCCCCUCCCCCUCAACCCCAAGAUUGAUAGCCGGCUAAUUUCCCUUUCUUUCCUCUUUUGGUUUCUUUGUUUACUUUUGACCCAGGAUUAGGGUAUGGGUCAUAUGAACAAAUUUAUUCCCAAAAUUUAAGAAAAAGGAUCCUUUGCACAUGAGUUACAUUACGGUAUCAAACCAUUUUUAACAAAAAUUACUUCUUUUAUCUGGUCAGGUAGAAAACUAAGUAGAGCCUUUCUUAGAGCAGAGUCGCUGCUAUACUCUGCAGUCUUGUCUGAGAGCUCAGAGGCUUGAGUCCUUGCGGAAGACGGAACCUCAGCGCCUCACACAAAAGCAGUUAACUCAAUUUUCAGCUCUAUUACAGAUUAUUGUUUGUAAUGAAAACCAUAGUUUUCUUUCUUACUGCUUGACUUGCCGUUUUACUCAUUUAUUCCAAGAUUCUAAAAUGAUGGAACGUGACAUAUCCACAGUUGCUUCUCCUGUCUCCGCGGUUGUUGAUAAAGUCGCAGUUAAUAUGCGACUCCACCUCACUGAUCUGCACUGUGAUUCAUUCCUUUUAAAGUAAUUGAAGUUCUAUCUAACAAUUUUGCAUUUCAAAAAUUCGAGAUUCGUGUUCGAAGAAUAUUUGUAUUGACGGGAUCAACACACAUGUACAUUGAUGGCCACCCUGGAGAGUACUAAGCACUGCAACGAUGACUACCCUGAGAGUACUGAGCACUGCAACGAUGACUACCCUGGAGAGUACUGAGCACUGCAACGAUGACUACCCUGGAGAGUACUGAGCACUGCAACGAUGACUACCCUGGAGAGUACUGAGCACUGCAACGAUGACUACCCUGGAGCAGUACUGAGCACUGCAACGAUGACUACCCUGAGAGUACCGAGCACUGCAACGAUGACUACCCUGAGAGUACCGAGCACUGCAACGAUGACUACCCUGGAGCAGUACUGAACACUGCAACGAUGACUACCCUGGAGCAGUACUGAGCACUGCAACGAUGACUACCUGAGAGUACCGAGCACUGCAACGAUGACUACCCUGGAGAGUACCGAGCACUGCAACGAUGACUACCCUGGAGCAGUACUGAACACUGCAACGAUGAUGACUACCCUGGAGCAGUACUGAACACUACAACGAUGACUACACUGGUGCAGUACUGAACACUACAACGAUGACUACACUGGUGCAGUACUGAACACUACAACGAUGACUACACUGGAGCAGUACUGAACACUACAACGAUGACUACACUGGAGCAGUACUGAACACUACAACGAUGACUACACUGGUGCAGUACUGAACACUACAACGAUGACUACACUGGUGCAGUACUGAACACUACAACGAUGACU